GCAGGCGUGGCCCCCUGCCUCCCGCGGGCGCCGCCGCCGCCGCCGCCGCCGCCUGCUCACGCAACUCGCGACUCGGCCGUCGAGCGCUGCGAUCGCGCCGCGAGAGCUUUCGCCGUCUCUCGACCCAUGUGUCAUGUUUUCAUCACAGUCGGAACUGUCAACCAGCUCUCCUCCUCAACAGAGAUGAAUGAGUAACGUGCUCGAAUCAACGAACUAACACGAAACUGUUUCGACCUCCUUCCCGAGAUUGCAGCUUUCGCUGAGUGACUAGUUUUUAUGUAAAGCUCGUGGCCGCUGACAUUGCAGCGUGCGGAUCCUGCAGUGCGCGAGUGUGUGCUUUUAAUUGGCGUAAAGGACAAGGUCCCACAACUCCUUGGCUGUGUGUCUCAUAAUUAUCGGCAAUUUAACCACGAGAACUGACGGCAAUGGCAUUUGAGAACGAAGCUCCCGUUUAAAUCGGUCCAGAUCCUCUCCAGGAUAGCAAGAUGCGGUUUCUAUUCCUGAUAUUGUUGACAGGAACGGCGUUCGCUGUCGAAGUUCACUUCGAGAACAAAGACAGCGGCUUCUUCCUGAAGCACACGGCGCGCUGGAGCGGGGCGGGCCCGGCGCCGGAGCCGGCGGGCGCGGCGCCGCCCGGCGCGCUGCUGUCGCUCGACCGCUUCACCGUGCUGCAGGGCUCGGCGCCCGCCUCCGUGCGCGCCACCUACGGGCCCUUCUCCACUAAGCAGACGGUGCCGGCCCGGUACGCGGUCCCGGACCCCCUGGAGCCGCCUCGGAGGAACGCCACGCUGAUUGAACUGCAAGAAGCGACCGCGCACCGGCUGGACGUGUCCGCGCACCUGGUGUUCCGCGAGCUGCCGCGGGACUCGCCCGUGCUGCGCGUGCUGUUCCACACGGGCGGCGAGGGCGGCGCGCGGCGCGCGGCGGCGCGGCCCCGGCGCGUGUGCAUCACGCUGCACGCGUCGCUGGGCACGCGCACGCUGACGGCCACGUGCGGGCCGGAGGGCGAGGAGGGCGCGUGCCUGGCCGAGCUGACGGUGCCGGCCGCGUGGUGGCCGGUGGACGGCAAGGGCAAGCGGCCGCCGCGCACGGUGCGGCUGGCCUACAGCGCGGCGGAGGCGAGCAGCGGCGACGGCGGCGAGGGCGCGUGCGGCCGCGUGUCCGUGCAGCCGGCCUGGCCGCUGGGGCUGGUCACGCUGGCCGGGCCACGCGCCGGGUACCGCGAGGCGCGCGGCGGCGACGCCGCUCUGCUUCUGCCGCGUGCUCCCCUCUACCCACACUCCCGGCUACAUCUGCCCUUCGUGGUGCGCCGUGACCCCAACAACCCCAUCGGACAUGUUGUUAUCAGGAUGAAGGUGAAAUCCGGCCUGCGUCUGGUGAGCGUGACGGCGGCCAACUCGCGCUGGGCCGUCACUGCCGAGGUGAAGGCGCGCGCCGCCACCGUCACCGCCACCAGACUCGACCAGCCGCUCAAUGAGGACGACGCUCUCAACAACGACAACGAAGAGGGCAUCAGCGCCGGCGGCCCCGGCUGGGAGGAAGUGCUGACGUGGCUGGUGGAGGUGGGCGCGGAGGGCGAGGGCGACGCGGAGGGCGCGGAGGGCGAGGCGGGGCGCGGCACCGCCCGGCUCAGCUGGUCCGCCAAGCUGUCUCCAGCGGCCGCCGUCACCCCCACCACCGACGAACCGCCGCACGAACACCGCGUCAACACACGACUCGACAUCGAAAAGGAUGACAUCCAAGCCGUUCUACCCAUCUCUAAGAACUGGGAGGUGCUGAACACGGCGGUGCUGACGGGGCGGCAGGUGUCGCAGGCCAUGAAGGUGCUGAUCGUGUCUCAGGCCGGCCAGAUCGCUGACGUCACGCUGCAGAGCUCCUGCCACUCCGAGGAUGAAAGCGUACUCAAGGUGUCAUCAUCCUGCAGCUCAGUCUACGUGGACGGCUCCGAGAUCCGCGGCUCGUCCAACGCGUCGGUGAUCGUGAAGUACGGCACGUACACCGGCCUCGCGCGCUUCACCGUGUGGAUGCCCGAGUACCCGCUCGAGAUAGACGUGGAUGACAACCGCCUGUCGCAGAUUAAAGGAUGGAAAGUAUCAGACGACGUGAGCGCCAAGGAGCGUCUGCGACGGUCCCUGUCGCGCGGCUGGACCGGCCGCCCCGACGGCUCCAACUCGCUGACGGACCAGCGCACCUGCCGGCUUCGGUACCAGCAGAGCAAUGUUGAGGUAUACGCACGUUUCCUCGCCAAAGACCACGACUCAGGCCGCGUCUCCUACUUCGUCUCGCGCCGCACCUGGCUCAAGGUGACGGAGCUGGUGCUAUCUCUGAUGCGGGUUUCUGACGCGCACAUCGCGUCGCUGCGAGGCCGCGUCAUGCAGGGCCGAGGCACUGGCAGGACCGAGGUGCAGGUGCUGUCGCCUAUUACUGGUCGCGUGAUCGGUCUGCGUGAGGUGCGAGUGGUGAACGACAAGGUCUCCAUAUCGCGUCUGCUCGUGCGAGUGAUUUCGGGGUUGCAGCUAAAUAUCUCUCCGGACAACGCCAUAGAGAACGGAUACGUGUCGGAAACCACUGUCACUAGGCGGCUCACUGCACAGUAUCAGGAGGGUCUCCUAGACAUCGACAUGGAGUUCUCUGACGGCAGCCGGACGGCGCUGCGCGACGUGGCCGUGUCCGACUACUACCUGCUGGUGGAGAGCCUCGACUCGGGCGUGGUGGCCUUCGCGCCCAUGCAGGCUUCUAAGCACCCCAGGGUCAUUGCUAUUGGAGAAGGAAGCGGCGAGCUGCUUCGCGUAACCCUCCUAACACCAGAGCAGUGCCGUAGCGGGCCGCUCCGCCGCGUGGCCCUCCCCGGGAAGGGAGACGCCAAGACUCCGGCCAACAUCAAGAACAUACCGGGAGCCCUGGCCACGGCCGCCGCGGGCGUCGACGUGGACUUCAGCGGGGGAGACGCGCCGCAACGACCUGAUACGCCGCAGAAUGAUGACAUCAUGGCCAGAGGGGGACUGAGGAGCGGGAUGGCUGAUCUUAGUGAUGUGCUUAAAGAAUACUCCCCGUUCAAGGACGAGAACAACCACGAGCCGACGGUGCAGGCGCAGCAGUACGGGUCCAUAUUCCGGGGCCACCCGCGCCCCACGCUGCCCACAUUGUCGCCCAUCGAGAUCGCCAUGUAUGUGCUGCUGGGAGUGUUCUGCUUCGCUAUUGUUAUCUUCGUAGCGUCCUGCCUAGUGUACGCCACUCGGUUCAAGCCGGUCAGCCUGGAGUCGGGGCUGGGCGGCACCCGCCCCAUACCGGUGCUGGCGGAGGGCGGGCGGCUGCAGGUGGCCGGCCUGGUGGGCGCCGGGCUCGCUAUGACCAAGGACAAGCCGCGGGAACCUACUACCAACGCGCAUGACUGGGUGUGGCUCGGGCGAGCCACAAUCGAACGCAACGGCACCCGUCACCAAGUGAACCGCGCAGCGCAACCAGACAACGGCAGCGAGAUGCGCAUCACAUCCAACCCGCUCAACUACAACUACGCAGACCCUGAGGACGCCAUUAAAGAUGACGUCAUGGUCACCAGUUUUGACAACCCUAACUCCAUAGAGCUGCCCUCACAGAGUGAGAAGAAGAUCGAUACGACGACCUACUGCAAGAAACCGUCGCGGCAUGCUCGGCACAAUUCCGCGGAUAAUCGGAAUUAUUCGGCCGACGCUCAGUCGCAGGAAGAGUACCGGCCGCCCGUGCCGCCGCACCGCCCCGCCUCCCCGCAGCCGCACGUGCCCCCGCGCAACCCCAGGAUCCUGCCAGAAGCGGUAAUGCCGCCGGCGCGGCGCAGCCACUCGCGCCACAAGCGGGACCGCGAGACCGACCACCGCCGCUCCGGACGCAUCAUCGACCUGAACAACGCCGACUCCCCUUACGCAAUGAGCCGCGACAUGACCGACUACCAAGACUCGCGAGACCACGAGGUGGAGAAACUGACCAGCAAGGAGGACUGCGCACGACUGUUCGAGUUCGACAACGACGCCCCAUUGAUCAUGGAGAACAAGGACUACAGAGAAGUGAUCGGCCUGAACAGAGGCACCGACGACGCGCGACGCACGUUCGCCAAGCCGCAGAGCCCGGACUACAACAUGCAUGACUCUGGGAUAGGCAUGCCAGACGUACAGAUGAGGCACAAGAACAGGUCCAAGGAAUCCAACCGCGACAAAGCCAAGGGAGACUUCGUUGAGGCUCCCAAUCAAAACGGCGGCAUAUCGCCCGAGGUGAAGCGCGCCACCAUCGUCGGCAACCCGAUGUACUCCCGCGGCGCCGCCCCCGCGCCCCCCGCCGCCCCCGCCGCCCCCGGCGAUCCCCUCGACCUCGAUGACCUCGACUACGACCAGAUCAUGCACUAUUUCCACAACCUCAAGGUAUAAACUACAACACCGUCCCACCACGCUUUUAGAAUAGCUCUCGCCGUAUCGCUUCCACCGAUACUAGCCGGCGGUCUCGGCCACUCGCGUCUCGACGUGUACCCAUCUUCUUAUGAAAAACUAAGCCUAAAUUUUGAUGCAUUUAAAAAUAGCGAUAAGCAUAGUAUUUUAUAUGAGUAAAUUUUAUACAAAUACUUAUACGCCAUGCAGUAUUAUAAUAAUUUUAUAAACCUAUCCUAAACAUGGAAGCUCUGAUUUCACUUUCGGCACGGCUCUGCUGCAAUUUUCAACUCACCCUAGUCUUGUAUCCACACGAUGUCAACUUCUAAUUACGUCCGCUAAUCACUGAAUUCGAAUCUAUCACCUAUCAUUUCAUUGUAGUACUGAACUGUACCUAAUACGGAUCAUUAGAAAGCAUAGAAACGUAGAAAACGGUCACUACCUUCUAGAUUAGAGAUUCCUACUUCAAACUUGUCUGCGGAUGAUUGACUGACGUCUAUUUUCGAAUUUUUCGCAGGAGUCGAACGCCUGAGUAGAGCAGAUCAUUGCAAAGAUCCGGCAGGUAUUGACUACGUUUAAAUAUCAGCAUAUCAGCAAAGCUCCGACGGCCGACGUAAUCAAUGCCCCCACGGAGCAGUGCGGGGCCGCGCCCGGGGCCGGUACAGUUGACGCUCGCAACAACAACGCUGCGCCCGCGCACAAGCUCUGCGACUCUAUCGCCAACAAUAACGAUUCCAUGAAAAAACAACUCAAGUUCCUCCUGGAACAUCUGAGUGAAUCGUACGAAUAGAGUUAUUGCUGUUGAACGUCAAAUGUACCACCUUAAACAAUAUUUGUCCCCAAGUGGAUCCUUGCAGUGAUCGGAAACGAAAAACUAAAGUUAUACAAAGAAACUUUAACUGUUUUAUAAUUAAGUAAUUGUUAAACGUAUAUAAUCUAGUCAUUUAAACGCUGCACAUAUAAAUUGAUGUACCUAAUGUUGAUUGUGUGCAUGUAGUUAAUACUCCUAACCUAAGUUUAUUUCUUAGGAUUAUGUAACACACGCGGAGGAAACUUUUAAUCCUAAAUAUUAAGCCUGAAGUAAUAAAAGCUAUCUAUGAUAUGUACACGAAUAAAGAAAUUGAAAUCAGAAUAUAUUGGAUACCUAUAUACAUAUUAAAUAAUAAAAUGAGCUUGAAAUUUUUGGCGAUUGAUUAAUGAUUAUGAAUAAUCUACCUGAACCAAAUAUAAGCUUUGCAUUUGUCUUACUCUGUAAAUACUUUUCCAUUAGAAGAUAAUAGACGCUACCUCACUUGUAUCUUACUCGUAGCUUACAACUUGUAGUUAUAAUUAUACUCUGCAAUUGUUAAACUUUAAUUAUUAUUGACAUUGUGUUUAAUAUUCUAAUAAUGAUUUACUAUGUUUGUCUUCAAUUCCAUUCCUAAUUAAUUUAUAAUAUGUAUUUCCCUAGACCUACAAAUAGUACACGUCUGUUAAAUUUAAGAUAAUGACUAGUCAAAUGUAUUUAAAUUAACUGUUCAUAGAAACUUAUUUUUGACGUUCUGUUUAAAAUAUGAUGUAUUUGUGACUGUAUCCGCAACAUUUUGUAGAAAAUGUUUACACUGUAACGUAGCAGCGAGGACGAGGCGACAGACUUGUGAUAAAAUGGCUGCCAGUGAACUGAAUCACUAGCAGGCGAUUUUAUAAAUUAAAAAAUCCAUAUCAUAUUGAAAUAUAGCGCUUGUAUGAUAUUGUAAACACUAUAUUUAUUGAGGAUGUAAAUUGCAUUUACUAAUAAGUUAGUUUAUUAGGCUUUGUAAAUAUUGUUAUGACGUUAUAUAAUUUAUAGGUAUUUAUGUUGAUAUUUCAGUGCAGAAAUAGGAAUCAAUGUGGUAGCAAAGCUUUCAUGUCAGUGUAGAGGAGCACAUCACUCGAUGGAAUGUUUCGUGUCUGUUACAGUUACACUAAAUAUAAUAAUGUUUGAUCUUGUCAAUGUGUAUGUAUUUAAAGGUGAUCAUUAUAGUCAUCAUCACACUGAAUAAUUAUUUGAAGAUGGUAUUUAUAAAAAAAUAUAUAAGUAGAUAAAAAUCUGUGAAAGAAAGGAAAGGACGGCGUGGCAGUCAUGCCAUGGCUGUCUAGUAAGUGGUAUCUUCCACAGUGGGCUUACCUGAAUGUGGUCUAACUAUAGCAAAUAAAUUAUAUACUCAUGAUGCCUACUCUUACCUACAAAAUACUGAAUAGUGUGUUUGGCUUUUGACGUUAGAUUAGGAAUGAGUCACUGGACAUUAAUGGACACUGCAUAGAAUUUGUUACUAUAAAACAUUCAGUUUUUGUUGAGUUUUUGCAAUAAUUAUAUGAGAAAAGUUUAUAUAAAUUAUUGCUACAAGUUUACAAUGUAUGCAACCGGCUUGUCACAAAAUCCUUUCAAAAAUGUCAAAUUUAAUAAACCAUUAUUGAAUAA